ACGUGAAGGUCGUGGCGGCGGCGGCAUGGAGGCGCCGUCCGGCGGCGGGCUGGGGGGAGCCGAUCCGCAGCUCCAGCGCUUCAUCGAGGUGGAGACUCAGAAACAGCGGUUCCAGCAGCUGGUGCACCAGAUGACCGAGCUCUGCUGGGAGAAGUGCAUGGACAAGCCCGGGCCGAAGCUGGACAGCCGGGCUGAGACGUGCUUCGUGAACUGCGUGGAGCGUUUCAUCGACACCAGUCAGUUCAUCCUGAACCGGCUGGAACAGACGCAGAAAUCCAAAUCGGCCUUCUCGGAGAGCCUGUCCGACUGAGCGGCCCCAAAAACGGGGGGUGGGACGGCCCUGCUGCACCCUGCGCCCAUCCCUCUGCUGCCCCGACAAGCCGAGGUCAGCUCCAGGGCGUAGGGUUUAAUUAAAUGACGGUUUUGUGAAAGCUGCAGCCAGCCAGAUGAGAGCCCAUAACAGAUCCGCCCGCUCUUCAGCGCGGUGUUGUGCUGCGCCCAUCCCCAAUCACCAGGAAGCAUCUUCACACUGGGACACAGGGGCUGCAGGUGUCAUGCAUGAGGUGGUGGUGGUGGGGUUGCUCCCAGCAAUAAGCAUGCCACUGCUGCCUUAAAACAGUGCUGCACACACCUCCAUUGCACAAAACCAACCCACUGCGCAGUCCCCAUUGCUGUGCAGAAGGAGAGCAGCAGGACUGCCCAGCACAGGCACCCCUAAAGAGGAGAGCUGCUGGGCAUGGUGAACAUCCCUGGCAGUGUCACUGCUGGAAGACAUUUCAAGGCUUCCCCAAAGUCAUUCAUGUGGCCAAGUGACAAACUUUCAAAUUGCAGCACGGCUCUCUCGAUACUGACUUGCUCCAUUCAUUGCUUUCUCUCAGUCAAUGUAAUAAAUAUUAAGUGGGUGAAAUUUUUAACACGAAAUUCUCCUUUGUUCAGGUAGAUGAUCACUGAAAAAUGGAAAUAUGGCAUUCUUGUAAUUCCUUCUCCUUCACGGUGAUUUUAUUUAUUUGCAAAAUUAGAAGAGAAGGGGAAUAAUUGUCUUCUGGGUAGGCAACCUGCUGUGAAUUCUGAUUUGUUGCUCAACAUAUUUGGUCCUAUGAAUCAAAGCUCACGUUUGUGGCCUUUCCCCUUCCUCCCUUAAGGGUUAACAGAACCUGCUUCCUUGUGUAGUUUCUACAGAGAGCCCAACUACAGGAAAAAUACAGCCAGCUGCUUUGUAACUACCUGCACCUUUAUUUGUGGGGAUUACUGGAGGGCAGCCUGCGGCUGUGUCUUCUGGACUUUUGCCCCUUGGAAAUUACACAGAGCUUCUAACUGGAAAAACAACCAGCACCUAUUAACUCACCUUCUGAAACGCAGUGUUUCAGCGCUGUUUGCAGACAGCCUGGCUGUGGGAAGCACAGAGUGACCCACGUUUCUAACAUGUGGCUUGGAGCUCUCACAGAGAAACCUCACAAAGUGGUUCUGUGCGUGACAGUUUGCCAUGGGUGGCUGGAUGGGGUGUGUGCAGCAUCUAAUGGGUGUCUUGUAGCCAGCAGCCUUCCUAGGAGUGAUUCAGAAUGAGUUAAAUAGAGCUAUGCAUAUACUAACCUGCAAGGAUACAGCUAUUUGCCCAUCUUUCCAAAGCUUACCUCAAUAGCUAAAGACUGUUAGGUCCCUCCUGUCCCCACUGUGAGCCAUUCUCCCUUCCAUCUCUGCCCUGAGUUUCUCUCAGGCACCCGCAUCAUUCCUCCUACCCCUGCAAUCCUUCAUGCCCCUCUGUGCUGGCCCAGCUCCUGGUACAAACGCAUCUCCAGCUUCCUGGUAACUGAACACUGCUGGCUUUAAUGCUGUAUGCAGGUGCAUCAUCAGCCUGCAGAACAGAUGCUGCAUGAUCCCCUCUGUAAGAGCCAGAACAUCACAGGGCAGCACCACUGAAGUUCUCCAGUCUUGGCUGUAUUCUUCUCUUGGAUGUGAACCUGUAAAUAAAUUCUAACAGUGAGCCGAA